GCCGACAGAACCGCCGAGGCAACAGCGCCAAGCAACGAAGCCGAGGAAGCGGCAAAGCUCGCAAGGGAUGCCGCUGAACCAUCUCACGAAGGACCGGCCGCGCGACGAGGGGGGGCCGAGACGGACCCCGACCACGACACGGAGCCCGGACCCAGCGUCGAGGAGCACUUUCGGGGCACGCUGGCCAUCAAGAAGAUGUCAGGCGACGGCAACUGCCUCUUCCACGCGCUCGGGGAGAACACCGGCGAGAGCGGGGCAUGCCUCCGAGCCCUAAUCAUCCAGUACCUCAGAGAGAACGCAGAAGCCGAAGAAGACGAAGAGCAAGUGCAGGCCUGGCUACAGGAAAGCCAAUACCUCCACAGCGAUCCGGGUCACUGGGGCGGCGACACGGCCAUCAUCGCUUUCACCCGCAUCCGCCGGGAGG